UGUUCGUUGCCAGUCUGAGGGGACGCUGACAAGUCUUGUUCAGUCGAGGAUAUUUAUUUUUCCAUUAAAAAAAAAUUCUUUAAAAAAAUAAAAACUAGUAAUAAAAUGUGUUAAAAAUAUCAAAGGAAAGUCGAAUUUUUGUUAAAUAAUAAUUAAUACAAAAUUAUAUUUAUAAAAGUGAUUGUAUCACCUGCGUUAAAAGUGCAAUCGUUUUUGUGUGUUUUUUUUAAAUAUUUACCUAUUUUAUUUAUAAAUAAUUAAAUAAUUUAUAGUAAGUUAUAAAGGACAGUGAAUGGCGAAAGUGCGUUUUGUGAAAUGAGAAUUUUAAUAAAGUGAUGUACAUUGAAUUGUUGAGAAAAGUGAUAUAGUUUCGUGUUUUGUUUCAAUUGAGGAUUUUAUUAGUGUUAUCAAUAUCAGCGAUUGAUGGAUGAUUCGUGAACGGAUUUUCGUGAUGUGUCAGAAAACGCUUAAAGCGUUAGAUGGAGAUUUUAGGACGAUAUGGAAGAUAUUUUCUUGAGGCUUCUAAUCAAUUUCUUCAUUUUGCAUCAAACAUCAGGACAAUUAAUUCGAGAUACAAGAUGUUUCCUGGAGAACGGAGCCACCGCGGCUCACCUUUUUGUGAGCGAAGAUCAAAAAGUAGGCGACAUCAUCGGAGUCCUGGGAGUCCUUGGAGACCCAGGGCCUCAAGGAGACAUUGAAUUGAGACUCCAGGAACAUGAUAGUCCAGUUUCGUUUUCGCCCCAUUCAAGAAAUCUCACUCUAACCAGACCUUUGGACAAAGAAGGUGUCGAGGGUCCAAGUAGUGUUUAUAUUAAUGCUAUUUGUGAAAGAAAACAUACAAUAGAUCCCGGAUUCGUUAUUCCGGUCAACAUUCGUGUAACAGAUGCGAAUGAUAACGCUCCACAGUUCAUAAACGCUCCGUACGUUUUAAACAUUUCAGAGGUGACUGUUGUGGGUACGAGGGUAUUACAAGGAGUCCGAGCCGUGGACGCUGAUCAACCUGGUCCUUACUCACAAGUGCAAUAUGCUGUUUUACCAGGACCUCACUCGGACUAUUUCAUUUUUGUGAAUGCCCUGGAAGGGACUCUCGUUUUGCGAAAGCCUCUGGACUAUGAGGCUCUCAGCAAUUUUUCGGUGGGAAUUCGUGCUCAAGAUCAGGGAAAUCCACCACAGUCUUCAACGACAACACUUUACGUAAAUGUCGUGGAUGCGGAUGACCAGAAUCCAGCGUUCUUGAACGAUGAGUACAGAGUCACUGUUCCGCAGCAAAUAACGACUAGGAAAAUAUUGAGGGUAGAUCCAGCACCAAUUAAGGCUAUAGACCAGGACGUGGGCAUUAGUGCACCUGUUCGGUAUUCGGUUCAAGGUGGAAUUUUAUCAUUCCUCACCUUGAAUCCCGAAACUGCAGAUCUCAUCGUGACUAAACCAUUACAAGACCAUGAGCUUGUUGCUCCAACCACUAUAGUUAUUAAGGCAACACAAGUUGACAAUCCCGACAGAUACGCUUUAGCAACUGUGAUUGUUUCUCGAGAGGGAGGAUAUGGCCCUGGUCCCACUGCAGGAGGACGCCUUCCUGUGAGGUUCGUGUUGAAAGACUAUCAGGCCAGUGUGCCAGAAAAUACCCCACCUGGAAGUGUAAUUCUCACUGCCGGCGUAAAUAAAGUCGAUUCUAAUUUAAGGUUUUGGCUCGUUGGUGCAGUGGAAGAUUUGGAAAGGUUUUCAGUGACUAAUUCUGGCGAAUUAAUUCUGAAAGGAACAUUGGAUUAUGAAAAGAGAAUUCAACAUAGUUUCUUGGUUCAUGUUACUGAUGGGCAUCAUAAUGAUACAGCUAGAGUAAAUAUAUCUAUUGAAGAUGUGAAUGAAUGGGAACCAAGAUUUCGUCACCCCAGAUAUGAAUUUCACGCUCGAACUAUGAGGGAAGGCUCCAUAGUUGGAAGAUUAGAAGCUGCAGAUGGAGAUAGAGGAGAUCGAGUUUCACUGGCUUUGAGAGGUCCAGAUGCAAGGUCAUUCGAAAUACGAGAUAAUGGUGAACUGAUACUCAGAAGUCCAGGUUCGUUUAAUGGAACUCUUGCUCGCCUAGUUGCUAUUGCUUCUGAUACUGGAAAACCACCAAGAUCAAGUAUGAUUCCCGUGAUUGUUCAUCUACCAAAUGCUGGUUCAAUACCAAUUGCAGCAAGAGCUGCCCCUGCUUGGUUGGGCAGUAGUGUCCUUUUGGUAGCAGUUUUUGGGGGAGUUUUGGGACUACUUGGUGUAGUUAUACUAAUUCUCAUAAUGUACAUUUACAAGAACCCGAACAAAAUAUUCAUUUGCAGUAAGAGGCCAAAAGGAGGUGGAUCUGUGAGUUCUAUGGGAACCGGAUAUAGGGAAAAAUCCCCAGUUCCUUCUGCUUUGAGUCCAAACCCUCAAAUUUUGGGAGCCAGUGUCCUACAUGACACUUUGGACAAUAAUACAGAUGAUCAUCAUGAAAACAACGAUAUAGACAAUCCUGUUUUUGGAGAGGAUAAUGAAAAUCCUUACAAUUCGACAAUUAAAAGUGUGAUAUCCGCAAGGCAAAUGCCACUUUAUAGACACAAAGUGGGACCCGCCCCAAGUCCACCUGUUUUAUCAGCCACCUCAAAUAUUCCAAAUGUAGGUGGAUUAGUUCAAAAUAUGAACGAUCUGAGUGCAAGAACCAAUGCAAAUUUGGAUGCUGGUUCGCACAAUUCGUCAAAUUAUUCAGCUGAUCCUCCAGAUUCUCUCGCACCUACAUGGCCUACAGGGUCCAUUUCCGAAAGAGUGAAAAAACUUUCCUGGGAUGACGAUGACAGGACGGUAGAUAGUGUGGAAGUUGGGGCGGAAGCUCGAGCAGGAAGCAGCCAAACCGGAAAUGAACAGCUCAAUCUCACAGUGUAUUUUUGAAAUGAACUUUAUGACCUCUACGAAAAUUUAAACCUAAGCCUAUAAUAAGCGAUAGAAUAAAUAUUGUACGAAAUUACUUGUUUAAAAAAUAAAUAAAUUCUAUACAGUUACUGUAAAAAAUA